AUUAUUAACUAGAGGUUAUGGUUUUCUAAAUUUAACCUCCUGUAAAUAGUAUUCCAUAUAUGUAUUAUUCUAUGAAAUAACCCAACUUUUUUUAUCGUUGUAACAAUUUGUACACAUGAUAGAAAUAAAAUGAAAUUGGAAUCAAAUAGAAUAUUUAUUAGUGACUUGCCAGAAACGGCGACAAAAGAGCAAAUAGAAUCAGCGUUUGGAAACUAUGGCGAAAUUACCUCUGUUGAAAUUAAGGAACGUAAAGAAUUGGGACAGAAAAAUAUUUCGUUAUUUUUUGCUUAUGUUACAAUUAAAAUAGAUGCUAAAAGUUUAAACCAGUGUUUUAAUGAUUUUUCAAAAGGAAAAUGGCUAGGUCAACGUGUAAUCCUUCAGAUUGCCAGAGAAAGCUUUUUAGAUAGACUAAAACGUGAGAGAGAAAGUAUUCCAAAAACUGAAAACAUAAUGGUCAAAAAAUAUGAUGAACCAGAGAAAAAAAAUAACGGUUUGAAGGCAGCUACUGCUAUAAAAACAUUUUCAUCAGAUUUAGAUAGUACGUCUGAAAACGAAAAAGAUGAAGAGAAACAUUUUGUUUCAAAUAAUCAUAUUAAAAACAACUCUUCAUCCUCUCAUAUUUCUGAUUUAGUUAUUAAAAACAACAAAGGUAAAUCUCAACUUUCCAAAUCACUGAAAAUAGAAUCUGUUGGAAAAGCGCCUAUCAUAAAAAUAGAAUUGCAAAAGAAAAAGACAUCAGUCAACACAUCGACAGCCAAUCUUAAACGAUUAGAGUCCUUAAAACUUUUGAAACAGGGAUACCAAAUCCAAAAAAAUCUUAUUAAAUCUGCAUUAUCAAAUGUUGAUUCUGCAUCUAAUAAUAAGAUAGUGUUUGAUGAUAAUUCAUUCAAUCCAAAUGUUAACAAUAUCAAACAAACAUCUGUAGAUGAAGAGAAAUCUGAUGGUAGAAAGAACAAAAACACUUUGUUUGUUGAGAGUGAUUCUGAAGAAGACUUUGAGGCGAACUUUACUGUUAAGAAACAUUUUCAAGGGAAGGAAGGUCAAAAGCUGUUAGAACUUCAAUCAAAAUAUAAAAAUGACAAAAGAUUUACUCUAGACCAGAGGUUUUUGGAUAACGAACAAGAAGAGGAAGAUGCAGAACCCCAUAACAUAGACAAUGAAGAUAUUUCCUUAGAAGCAGAAAAGAAGAAAGAAUAUGAGAUUCUUGAAGAAGUUUUGGGGAAAAAAAUAACCAGAAAAGCAGAAAUUCAAUCAACUAGUAAUAAAUCUAUGCUACGCUUUGAUCCUUCACAACCUGAGCAUUCAAAAUUUGUAAUUCCUAAACCACCCCCUGAGAAGAAAGAGAAGAAAAGGAAAAGAAAAAAUUCUGAUACUGAAAUAACAGAAGAAAAGAAAGCUGAGGAAAAAGCACCACCAGAAGUAUCUAAAGAAGUAUUUUACAAAGUUGUGGACAAUUUGAAACAAACUUUUGAAGAAAAGAAAGAAUUUAGUUUACUCAGUAUGUUUGGACAUCAUGACGAAGCAGAACAUGAAGGUAUGGAGACUGAAACACAAGUUCCAACAAAUGUGAAUAAUAAAUUUCAGCAAGAAAAGAAUCCAUUCAAGUACGAUUCUUCGGAUGAUGAAGACCAAACUGAUGAUAUCCCUUCGAAAACUACUGAAAUUAAUAGUGAUACGAAAAAAAUUAGCAAUGAACAAAAAACUAGGAGUGCUCCUUCAUGGACUGAUCCUUUCUUUUUUAAAUUAGACGAUUACAGAUUACAAGAGGGUUUUGAUUUUGUUGAGAAGAUGAAAUUAGAAAAUAACACAGAGUUUACAAAAUUAAGAAGAGAUUUGAAAGGAAUUGUUAAAGCUAAAGUGAGAAAUAACUUAAGGAAAAAUAAGCCGUUUAAGAAAAAAUUAGGUGGCAGUAGAAAGAAGAAAGUACUUAGGAUGAAGAAAGCGAUGAAACGAUGAAAAUUUAUGAUAAUUUUGGAUGAUGUAGUCAGUAAUUAACUGGAUAUUUGUGCCUUUAAUUUUUUGACAUAAUUACAAAGUUUUAUACUCUAUUUGCUUCAUUGGCGUCCAUAGUUUUAUUAGGACAUUCUAUUGAAAAAAAUCUUUUUUUGACGUUUGGCCAAGUCUGAACCUCAUGAAGGGGUCUGUGGUAUUUUAUUGGAUAUUGUAUUCUAAUAAAAUUUUCAAAUAUUUCAAAUUUGAUUAAUUUUACUCUAAAGAAGUUUUACUUCAAAAUUUACAAAGAAUUAUUUUUCUCAGACUCAGAAGCAAAUAUUUUUUUAUUUUAAAUGUACAACUUUUAGUAAAAAAAAUUAAUUACUAAUUAAAUCAAAUUAUUUAUAUUUUUGUUAUGUAAAUAUAAGUAUUUUUAUCAAAA